AUGGCGCCUCCCUUCCCGUUUCCAGAACCCCCAGAGUCCCGCCUCUACCGUCACCGGCAGCUGGCACCAACAGCAAAUGUCCGUGUCUCCCCACUUUGUCUAGGCACCAUGGGCUUUGGCGAGGCCGAUAAAGCGCGUCUGGGUGAAUGUUUCAAGGAGACGGCCUUUGCCAUUCUCGACAAGUUUUGGGCGCUCGGCGGCAAUUUCCUCGACACGGCGUGCGGGUAUCAAUCCCAGCAGUCCGAGCAGUGGCUCGGCGAAUGGUUCACAGCCAGAGGCAACCGCGACGAAUUUGUCAUUGCGACCAAGUAUUCCAGUCCGUAUCGCAAGCACGAGAAGCAUGUCAAGAUUCAGUCCAAUUUUGGAGGCAACGGCACCAAGAGUCUUCGCCUGACGCUGGAGAAUUCGCUUCGAAACUUGCAGACCAGCUACAUUGACCUCUUCUACGUUCACUGGUGGGACUACAACUCCACCAUCCCGGAAUUGAUGCAUGCUCUGAAUGAUCUCGUUGUCGCUGGCAAGGUCAAUUACUUGGGUAUUUCUGACUGUCCGGCGUGGGUCGUCACCAAGGCCAACCAGUAUGCGCGCGACCACGGCCUCCGUCAAUUCGUUGCCUACCAAGGACUAUGGAACGCCGCCGUGCGCGACUUUGAGCGCGACAUUAUUCCCAUGUGCAGGGACGAGGGCAUGGCUCUGAUUCCCUACGGCGCCCUCGGCCACGGAAAGUUCCAGACGGAACAGGCCUACAAGGAGCGAGAGAGCAACAACCCCGGGAGGAAGGGCCCCAUUAGCGAAAAGUACCGAGCGGUAUCGAGACAAAUGGAGAGCAUCUCAGUCGCCAAGGGGACAAAGCUUCACACGGUUGCCCUGGCCUAUGUGAUGCAAAAGGAGCCGUACGUCUUUCCGCUCGUGGGCACCCGCACCUUGCAACAUCUCGAGGACGCUGUGGAAGGUUUAAAGGUCAGCUUGUCUGAUGACGACCUGCUGGAGAUUGAAAAGGCAAACAUGUUUGAUCCUGGAUUCCCGCACACCUUCUUGUCGGGUUCACAAUUUGGCGGCGACCCCAUCAUUCCUCAAGGUGCUCAGGAUGUUUGGUUGACGAAUGUUAUUGGGACUUUUGAUUAUGUUCAAGGCCCGAAGCCUAUUAGACCUGGUAAUUGA